UCAUCCUUCACUGUUUGGAAGAAGUUCGUGCGACUGUCGGUGAAGAUCUCCGCCAAGUUCACAAUCGACAUCAACAUAGGACGACGCGGUUCAUGAACGGGAGGGGGAGAGGCAGAGGCAGAGGGAGAGGAAGGUGGUCAGGGUGUGGGCGCUAUUGGAUGGAGCAGCCUAAUGGGCAGGCUCCUACCUAUGGCCAGCCACAGAACCCACCACAGAACCCGCCACCUUCUCCACCACCGCCGCCACCUCCUUUUCAGUAUGCUGGCUAUUAUCAGCCGCAAUAUUGGGGACAACAGCAUGCAGGAUGGCAACCAGCACAUGGCGCCCCGGCGAUGCAACAACCACAGAACAAUGGCGGCUUCACUAGCGGGAACGGCUAUGGGCGUGGCUACAAUCCAAAUCAAGCUUUCUUCACCAGGGAAUACGCCGACUUACUAGACAAGAUCAAGUUCAAGGAAGCCGUCGAAGAAGAAUCGAAGAAGCAACGGUUAGGGAUUAUGGAAGUUACGGCGGAGGCUCCUCGAAAAGUAGAAGUUAAGAAGAUAGAGGAGGCUAAGAAGGGAAAACGGGCGAUGGAUGAGAAAGAAGAAGCAAUGAAAAAAUGGAUGACUUCCACGUUCGGGAACUUUCUGAAAAUCCUAUCGGAGAAGAUAGAAUCCGUGGACCGGAAGUCGAAGAUGGAAGAGGCCGAGCGGGAGGAAUUGAAAAGGCUACUGGCGGAGAAGGAACUAAGGGAGAUGAAGGAGAACGCCAGUAUAGAAAAGAGAAAGAGAGGAGUGACUACACCUGACACGUUUCCAAGAACAAAGAAGGUGAGAUUGAAGUCGGCAGUCAAGAUCAAGAGUCGCCAACCAAGGAGGAUAUUUGUGGUCUCCGAUGACAAAGGGGGUGGCCCGGUAACCACCCCGACGGUCUCAAACGCUACACGUAGCAACCUGAAGGUGAGAUUCGAUCAGGAGGAGGAGAAGAAGGACAACGGGUUGGAAAAACUGAAGGGAGUACUUAAAGAACUUAUUACGGUGGUAUCAACGAAAGAAACUGCGAAGGGCGGGAAGGAGAAAAGAAAACUAGAGGAGGUUGAAUCCACAGUCAAUGGAGGCGACGCCAGCACUGGGGAAGAAUCCGAGGAAGAACGAAACGAGCUCGGACUCACGGGCUACUUGAAGAGUCGGGUUGAGAACUAUGAGUCUAUGCACUACAUUCACAUUCGAACGAUGUGCACGGAAAGGGGUAUCUCGUAUAUCCGAAAAGAAGUGGGCAUCAUGGGACUAGCCAGGCUAGAUCUAGAGUACAUGCGACUAGUCACUCAAAGAUAUGGAGGGAAAUGGGGUUACGAUUUCGGAGCCAUCCGAACAAGAGGAAGUUGAGCAGGAGGAACAGGCGGAUGUACGGGAAAAUUAACUAGCUGGUCAAAGCGGGCAAUGCUCCGACUAUU